UGAUACAUAAAUAAAUAGGGUUAUGGAAAUAUAAACGUAUAGAACUAAUAACAGUCACAACCGUCACGCCGUCACGUUAUUUAUUAGACUUUAACAAUGGAGAAACUUACGAUUUUGUUAGUCUUAUUAGUUAGUUUAUUGUGUAGUUGUGAUAAUUUUCAAAACGAAGGAAAUAAACACAAUGCAUAUAAUCUUCCACUGAAAACACGUGCUAGAAAAGACAUAAUAAAAACCAACAAUAUUCAAGAUGAAGAGACACGGCAUUUUACAAUGGAUGAUGAAUUAGUAUUAGAUCCAUAUCCUUCUAAGAUACCGUCUUUAAUGGAUCCUUCAACUUCUAUUGGAUUUUUACAGCCACAAGAAAUUAAUCUCGCAGAUCAAUGUUUUCCUAGGCCACAAUGUGACUUUUUUAACCCAUUCAGAACCAUGGAUGGUAGUUGUAAUAAUCUACAAUAUCCGACUUGGGGACAAGCUAACACAGCAAGCACAAGAAUUAUUCAAGCUAAUUAUUCUGAUGGUUACGCACAACCAAGAAAAUCAGUAUCAGGACACGAAUUGCCAAGUGCCCGAAAAAUACGUACAGCCAUAUUACAAGAUGUUGACAAAUCUUCACCAAAAAUUAAUUUAUUUGUUAUGCAAUAUUCUCAAAUAGUUACACAUGAUACAGAAUUCACUAUACUUAAAGAAUUAGGAUCUAAUGGUCCACUAAAGUGUUGCAAUAAGGAUGGUUCUACACCGGAGAUUAUACCAAAAGAAUGCCUUCAAAUUAAAAUCUCAGAUGAUAAUAACUCACAUUCAAAACACCGAUGUUUAUCCGUUCCAAGAGUGCUUGACACGUCGGAUCGUGGUUGUAAUAUUAAACCAGUCAGACAAAUGAAUGGGGUAUCCAGUUUUAUUGAUGCAUCAAUAUUAUAUGGAUCAGACCAUGAAACAUCGCGUUCUAUAAGAACAUUCAAAAAUGGAAAGCUCAGACGGCAAUUGGGACCUAAUGGAAAAUCUUAUCUACCUAAUGUGAAAAAAGCAACAGAAUUGUGCAAUGUCACUUAUGAUAGCACAGUAUGUUACGUUACGGGUGAUCCAAGAGUUAACAUACAACCAGACAUGGCAGUUGUUACAAUUUUACUAAUGCGACUACAUAACUAUUUAUGUGACGAGCUUAGAAGCUUAAACCCCAAGUGGGAUGAUGAGCGAAUAUACCAGGAAGCCAGGAGAUUACUCAUCGCAAUGCACCAACAUAUUACAUAUAAUGAACUCGUUCCAGUGAUUUUAGGAAGAGAUUUUGCUAGGGAAAACUAUUUACUGCCGUUGACUAAAGGAUUUGACGAUAGUUACGACCAAUAUUUAAAUCCAACUACAACAACUAGUUUUACAGCCGCUGCUUUUAGAUCAUUGCAUAGCUCCAUACGUGGAUUUAUUGAAUUAGUGAAUGAAGCCCGAAAAAUAACAUCUAAAAUACGAUUGAGUGAUUUUUUUUUUAAACCCGAUAUAAUACAAAAACAAGAUAAUUAUGAUAGCUUCACCAGAGGAUUACUAACGCAAAAAGCACAAGAAGUAGAUCAAUAUUUUACAGAAGAGAUUAGUGAGCUUGCAGUCAGAAUACCGGACAGACAUCAACAUAUUGAUUUGAUCAGUGUAGACUUGGAACGUGGUAGAGAUUACGGAGAGCCAUCUUACAAUAAAUUUAGACAACUCUGUGGAUUAAGUGAAGCCAAAACCUUUGAUAACUUGAUCGAUCAAAUGGAUAAGAAAGACAUAGAUGCCUUAUCAAAAAUCUAUGAACAUGUUGACGAUGUUGAUUAUUACGUAGCUGGUCUCUUAGAAAAAUCAAAACCCGGAUCCAUGUUAGGUCAUACAUUCCAAUGUGUUGUUGGAGAAAUGUUUUUUAGAUUGAAGUAUGGUGAUCGAUUUUAUUAUGAAUUUGGCCAUCAGAUAGGUUCUUUUAAAUUAGGUCAACUCAACGAAAUAAGAAAAACAACAUUAGGACUUAUCGUGUGUAUAACAUCUGAUAUUUAUUCUGUACAACGUAAUAUGUUUGAAAUACCCAGUAGUCGUAAUCCAUUGGUACCUUGCAACUCUAUACCAAAACUCAAUUUAUCUGCCUGGAAGGAAGAGUAAAAUAAGUAUUAUAUUAUUGAAUUACUUACAUAUAUACUUUUUAUAUAUUGUACACCUUUCAAAUAACA